AUGAGCCUGUCACAGAGCCCCCUCGAUGGUCUUAACCUCGAAUCACUGAAUGACCAGGACAAGGCCGAGAUCCGCCAGUUCCUGAACAAGCAGCAGCAGCGCUCCCAGAUCCAGGCCCAAACACACCAGCUGACCCAGGUCUGCUGGACCAAGUGCGUCCCGGGCGCUGUCAAGAGCGGGAAGCUCGACAAGACCGAGGAGACCUGCCUGGCCAACUGCGUCAACCGCUUCAUGGACCUCAAUCUCCUGACGGUGAAGCACCUUCAGAACAUGCGAAGCAACUAG